UUAGACCGGCUACAGAGAAUGCCUGUUCUGAAGCCACGCUGAUGGCUUGCAAUAAUAAAUACUUUUUUAGUUCAGUUCAUAGAUUAUUUGAUAAUGUAUUUGCUGGUAAUAUACAAGAAUCAGAAGAAGCAUUAAAUUUUCGUGCAUUAAUAAAAUUAUCUAUAAAAGUAAUUACUG